AGGGAGCGCAAGAAAUGUUCCAAGAAUUACCUCAUAUGUACGUGCCGCCUCAUGAGUUGAAACAGGCUAUCGAAAAAGGAGGUACGCAUCUAUAUUCGUAGAAUACUGAGUAAAUGUUCAAAUCUGAAUCGCAGUUCUUUUCCAGGAUACACUGUAUAUGCCUCCUGGCGAAAUGGAGUUUGUUUUCUGAACGAGAAAACAGGAAGUUAGACUGAUGUGAAAUCAACAUGGCCCUGACUAUACAUGCAGUACACAUUUACAGUGUUCGUACGCCCCCUGGAAAUUCUGGAAAACCCUAGAUUUUUAUUUUAAUCCUGAAAAACCCUUGCAAACCUUGAAUUUCAAAUUUAUCCCUGGAAAACUGAGAAACUGAGCUGGGCAUAGAAUCAUACCUAAACUAGAAGCACUCGAAAUCUGUCAACUUCUUAGGGAAAUUGUUUCGUAUAUUUGAACUGCCCCUGGAAAAAGGAUGAAAAAAGUCCUGGAAAUCCUGGAUUUUUUAAAUUAUGAAAGUGUACGAAUCCUGCAUUUAUAUAACGCACACUUUAUUACAACUGUAUAUACUGUACAAUUUGUUUUGUCGAACGAGAUGCCCCAAAUUUAAAAUAUUUUUUUCUUAUUUUAGAUCAUCGUAAGUUGAUCGGUACAGUAAUAAGACGAGAAGAUUAUUUAGUGCCCAAAGCGGGCGGCAAAUUCGAUGCUGAAGAGUAUGAUGCUCAUCCAGAGAAAUAUCGCUCUACUUUUGCCGAAAAGGUUUGCUUUAAAUGUUGUUUUUUCUAGUAUAGAGAACCGCUUAAGGUUUCUCGACGUGACUACAGUAUGUAGUAUAGAAGCGAAAGGCCUACGAACCUAUUACUAUUACUUAAUAAUAUACAUUAACAAAAUUAUGCAGUCACAUGCGUGCGUUUAGGUCACAUGCGAAAUAGAUAAUUUUAUUAGAAACGAUUUUAAUAUUAAAUCUACUAAAAUGCCAGUCAUUUCUGUCGUGUUGGUCAUGUGUGCCGCCCGCCCAUCAACAUACUAUAUUUGAAUUCUAAUUGUUGUUCACAGUUCGCUUAUCAUCAUGUACAGUAUGUUAUUGCUCAAACUGAUUUUGUCUUUAUUAUUUUUUGCUUAAAUUAUCAUGAAAAAUAGCAUAUCCCCCUGCACCCCCUUUGGCCAGGGCUAGGGGAUGGUGUCCCCCCCCCCCUCCACACACACCCAGUAAAUCCAUACCUAUCUUUAUCAGUGAAUGUUCCUAUCUGUAGAUUGCUCCGUAUAUGUCGGUGAUGGUAAAUGGUGUAUACUGGCAGCCUGGCUUUCCUCGUCUUUUGACCAAUGAAGAUAUCCAACAGUUAACAAAACAGAAGGCUGCGCACAGCGUUAGUGAUGGCUGUCCUCCACUACCUCACCGUUUCUUGGCCGUCUGCGAUAUAUCUGCUGAUAUAAAUGUAAGAUUUAUUGGGGUUGAACAUGAUUAUUGCAAUGCAGUCCAACAAUUCUCAGUUGGCACGAAGAGAAAAGGGUUGGGUAAUCGAAAUUUUGAGUGAGUAAAAUGUUGGGUAAAUGAAAAACAAAACAACUCAAGGGUCGGGUAAUAGGAAUUUAUUGUCGUUUCUAGAGCAUGACUCAUACAAAUAUUGAAGACUAAAAAGCUAUGACAACAGUCAUAUGCCAAUACAAUAUGCAAGUCAAUCAGAGUCACUAUCUUGAUCAUUUUCCGAUUGGUGACAAAUAUUUGGGGUCUCCAAAGAAAGUACAUGUGCAGACAACAUCAACAUGAAACUUUGGAGUGCAGAAAAUUGCACAAGCACUUAUCGAAUUCAUGUCAUAGAAGUGGUAAAGGACAUGUGUGACAACAUUUUUAACGUUUUUGGCCGGGGGGGGGUGUAUUUAUUUUUUAAGGUUGGGUAAAAAUGUUUUGACUUUUUGAUGGUUCACAUUUGUUGUUGCAAAUGGAUCAGCAAAAUAUUUACCAAGAUCAACAUUUUUCCAUACAUAAUGACCGCUUCUUUAUUUCUCGAAAUUACAAACGAAAAUAUUUCCUCCUCACCGCAGAAAUGUCAAGGAAAAGGUUUCUUGCCUUUCUAACAUAAAUUUUACACAAUAGUUACAAAUGUUUGGAUAAAAUGAUAAAACCUACAAAAUGGUUCAUGGGAAUGCCAUUCCAGACAGAAGGUUUAAAUUUCAGAUUCUUCACAAAGAGACUACUUCGGAUUCCCCCCUCUCAGGCGAGUGGUACCACAAGGCAUAGCCGCGUACUUCAUUCAAAAUUCCUUCUACUCCAAUAUCUACUGGGUGUAUCCUGCAUUACUAGGAUGCCUGGACCUAUUGUAUGGCAAUUUUUUAAGGUCCUGACUCCUGUUUAUGGCAGGUCAGUUGCCAGGGUCCCGCUCGUAAUAUUAACUCUAUGGAGUGUUUAUAUGAUCCCCGUUCCCCGCUAGGCAGAAUUAACUUCCUUCUGCAUGAGCAUGCGUAAAUGCCUUUUCUGUAAAAAAAAUACGACGUCAACAUUAAACUGGCUUCAUCCUGGGAAUGUUUUUGCCCAUCGUGUGGUCGUUCAAUCAGUUGGCGCUGCCACUUGUAAUGUUUCCAUUUUUUAUCAACCAGGGUUCGUUGGAGUUCAUGACAGAAUGCACAACAAUUGAAUAUCCAUUUGAACUGUUUGAUCCUCAGAAAAGCAAAUCUGAGAUUGGGUAA